AUGCAUUUUAACAAUUAAAUAUGGGCCAUUUUGUGGAAAAAUAUGAAGAUGACCAAUAUGAAAGAAUUAGGCAAAGAAUUCUUCAUACCAUUUAUAACGAUAUUCGUGUUAUUAAUGGUAUAGGAAGGUGAUGAAGGUACAGGAAAGUUGUUCAUGGCAAUUAUGGUGCCUGUUUACAUUCCAUCUUGUUUUGUAGGUUUAUGUAGAUAAUUGUUAGUGGAAUAUGUACAUGAGAAGACAAAUAAAUAUAGAGAUCUAUAUAAAGUAUAUUGUAUUUGUUAAUAUUAGAUAAUGGGGAUGAAAUUGUAAAAUUAUAGGAUAGCUUGGUUUAUUACAUAUAUAAUAAAAAGUAUACUCAUUGGCUCAUUUAUACUAAUAACAUUGCUAUAUAAAUUAAAUUUCUAAUAAUCACUUUAGAUGAUAGUAUGCUUUAUUUUAUUUAUUUUUGCUUAAGUUGGAUAGACUUUAUUAUUAUCCACUUUUUUUAGCAAUUCUUAAUUGGCAGGAGAAUUUGGUUCAUUCUUUUAAACAAUCUUAUCUACAUUCUAUUUUGCAUCCUUAUACUAAUUGGAAUAUUUAGUUUAUGUGUGUCCAUAAUCAAUUAUUUCAUUUUAUCUGAUGAAUAAACUAAAUGGUAGCAAUAUAGAAAGUGUGUCAAAUUAUUGCAUUUUAAGUUUAUCAAUUCAUCUAGUAGCAUAUUAUUUUUUGUUUAAUGUUUUGGAAGAACAAUGUAUGAAAGGUGGGAGAUGUUUAUGGACAAGGAAGAAUAAGACAGGAUAUGUCUAAUUAGAAGAUUAAAUGGAGGUAAUAAGUAGAAUAUAUAAAGAUGAGAAGAUAAUAUGAUGAAGAGGGUUUAGCAUUUACAUCAGUUGAAAUUGUGAAAUUAUUUAAAUAAUAUGGUGAUAUUGUGGCAGUUGAUAAUUUGAAUCUGAAAAUAUAUUCUCAAUAAAUCCUUUGUAUUUUGGGAUAGAAUGGAGCUGGCAAAACUACUACUCUUAAUAUAUUGACAGGAUUAAUUGAAAAAACUAGUGGCAAGAUAUUAUAUUUUGGAAAAAGUUUUGAUAAAAAAAGAGAUGAAAUUCAAAAACUAAUUGGUUUUUGUCCAUAAGAGAAUUUAUUAUAUGAUUAAUUAACAGUAUCAGAAUCAUUGCAAUAUUAAAGUAUGAUGAGAGGAACAGAUUCAACUACAGAAAUUGAUAUGUGGUUGAAUUUAAUGUAAUUACAAUAAUAUUCAAAUUAUAAAACUCAUGAAUUAAGUGGUGGAAAUAAACGUAAAUUAUAAAUUGCCUUAGCUUUGGUUGGAGGAUCUUAAAUCAUAUUUCUUGAUGAACCAACUGCUAGUAUUGAUCCUGAGUCUAGAAGAUAAAUAUGGAAAAUAUUGAAGGAAAUAAAAUAAAUUAAUAAAACUCUUAUUUUGACUACUCAUUUUUUAGAUGAGGCUGAAGAAUUGGCUGAUCGUAUUGCAAUUAUGAAAUAAGGAUAAAUUAAAAUAUAUGGAUCUCCUGAUAAUAUAAAAAAAGAAUUGGAAGUAGGAUUUACAUUGACAUUUGGGAAUAUUUAAUCAUCUCAAUAAUAAUCAAAAAUAAAAUUAUUAUUUCCUGAAUUAGAAUGUUCUAUUGGAUCAAAAUUAGAAUAUGACAACAUUAAAUAUAUUCUUAAUUAAAAUUAACUAUUUUCUAUUGUUGAGAAGUUAAAUGAAUUAAAUAAAACAGAAAAUAUUAAAAUCUAAUUGAUUUAGAAUACUUUAGAAGCAGCAUAUCUAAAAUUAAACAAAGACAACUUAGAGGAUGAUAAAAUAAUCAAGGAAUACUCAUUUCCUAUCAAAUCUACUAAUGAUGUAAAAACUAAAUAAUUACUUUAAAUAUCUGCUUUACUAUAUAAAAAAUAUUAUGUUCUCAAAAGAAAUUUCACUUUAUAAUUAAUGUUAAUAUUACCUAUGCUAAUUUUAUUAAUUGCUUAUAUUUUUGGAUAUCAUUUAUUAUAAGAUGAAGCCUAAACCUAAUUUUUUGUAUCCUUAUUUAUAUCACAAUCAUUCAGUCUUAAUUCAUCAAUAUUUAUUAGCACUCCAAUUCUUGAAAGAGAACUUAAAAUUAGAUAAUAAUUAAAAUAAAUGGGCAUGUCUUAAUUUACAUACAUUUUUGGUACAUUCAUAGGAGAUUACUUCAUUAUAUUGAUUGUAACUACAUUCAUCUAUGUAUUAUCACUUUAAAUUGAAAUGCUCUAAACAUCAGAAUAAUUGCUAAUUAUAUUAAGUUUAUUUGGAUUAUCAGUAAUUUCAUUCUCUUAUGCAUCAUCUUUUAUGUUCAGUUCUAAUUAAAGUGCUUUUAAAAUAUUCCCAGUUAUCAAUUUUUUAUUUUGUUAUUUUCUACCUUCUAUGAUUGAUCUUUAACUAUAAAAUCAAUAUAGUGAAAUAUUUACACUCAUAUUCCCACUUUAUACUUUGAAUUUAGCAUUAAAGGAUGAGAUUCAAGAUUAUUCUAUUUAUUUUGUGGUUUAAUUCAUCAUUUAUAUGUUUUUAUAUUAUACUCUAGAAAAAAAUAUAAUAUUAUUUGAAAAUAGAAAGAAUUUAUUAGAUAAGAACAAUAAAUUAUAAGUUUAGAAUAUAUAAUUUGGAUAUACUUCAAAUAAAUAAGUACUUAAGUAAAUUGAUCUUUAAUUAUCUCCAUAAAAGAUAUUGACACUUCUAGGUCCAAAUGGUGCUGGUAAAACUACACUUAUUCAAUUAAUUACUGAUUGUCUUAAAGCUAAAUGGGGAAGUAUCAUGUACAAUGAAAAUAUGAUAAUUUCAUCUUGUUAAUAAUCUGAAGGUUUAUGGGAAGAUUUAACUGCUGAAGAAAUCUUAUAUUUAUUUGCAAGAAUCAAAGGAAGUAUAAGGAAUGUGAAAAAUGAAAUUUCUUAGAUUUUAAGGAUUUUAUAAAUCAAAGGAAAAAUAGUGAAUAUGUCUGGUGGUCAAAGGAGAAAGGUUGCUUUAGCUAUAAGUCUCAUUGGAGAUAGUGGUAUGAUUAUUCUUGAUGAGCCAUCAAAUGGACUUGAUCCUAUUUCAAGAAGAAAUCUACAAAAUAUGAUCAAAGCUCAUGUAUAAAAAAGAAAUAGUUCUAUUAUACUAACUACACAUGAUAUGGAUGAAGCAUAAUAUUUAAGUGAUAGUAUAAGUUUUAUCAUCAAUGGACAAUAACCAUUCCCAUAAUAGAGUGUUAAUUAAUUAAUUGAAUAAUAUGGGAGUGGAAUCAUACUAACUAUUAGGGCUAAAAAUAAAGAGGCUUUGGAUUAAGUAAUUUUGGCUUUUCCAAAACAUUAAAAAGAAGGAUUAUUGAUUGUUAUCAAAUUGGGUAAUGAAUAUGAUGUUGCUACAACAAUUAAGAUUCUUAAGAAUUUAUGUUAAGAAGAUUUGAUUGGAUCAUUUACUAUUAGAUAAGCUAAUUUAGAAUAAGUAUUUUUAAGACAAUGCCGAAAAUAAUAUGAUGAAGAUUGA